CGAGGCAAGAAGGGAGGUGCCCAUGACAUUUCUGAGUUAACUUUGGUAUUCCUCAAAACUUAUCCUCUCUUGCCCUUAGGCAAUCUUAAGUUUUCUCAUAAUUAGAAUUUGUAUCGCGGGGCUUAAUUUUCAGAGAAAAGGAGCCAUUUCUGAAGCUGAAAACAAGGCCAUGGCAAAUUUGUUGACCAACGAAGAGAUCAGUGAGAUCAAAGAGGCCUUCAGCUUGUUCGACAAGGAUGGCGACCGUUGCAUUACCACUAAUGUGCUUGGAACGGUAACGCGGUCACUAGGACAGAACCCUACAGUGGCAGAGCUGCAGGACAUGAUCAAUGAAGCGGAUGCUAAUGGCAAUGGCACCAUCAACUUCCACCGGUUUUUCAACCUAGUAAUAGUUACGAAAAUGAAGGAUACAGAGGAGGAGCUGAAGGAGGCAGUCCGAGUUUUCGACAAGUACGAGGAUGGUUUCAUCUCAGCUACCGAGCUUCGGCAGGUCAUGACAAACCUUGGGGAGAAGCUCACUGAUGACGAAGUGGAUGAGAUGAUCAGGUUGGUUGAUAUGAACGGAAACGGGGGGAUAAGCUUAGAGGAGUUUGUGAAUGUUAUGAAGGCAAAGUUAAUUAUUAAGCAACAUGAUAUAACCCGAUUCGUCUGUAAUGGUGGUGGUGGUGGUGGCGAUGAUGAUGAUAUGUAUAUAUAGUGGAAUGUUUAUCAUGGCCUUUUGUUUUUUUUUUUUUUGGUUUGUGUUUUUAUGGCUAUCUUGACUUGGUUUAUAACGUUACUCUUUCUGGUCUCUUUGUGAGCCUAAAUGGACAACUCAUUUUCUUAGUACAGUAUUUGAGUAUUUUCACCAACUGUGCAUAAGAAAUCUAUGUUUUGAAAUAGAACAUUGGAAUUUGG